ACAACACGAAGCGAGGCAGCGCGCUCUCAGUCUGAUUCGAAACAGCAGUGAACGCGCGCGUGUUUUAACACUUAAGGACGCAUACUCGGAAACAAUGUCGACAAACGACGCAGGACCAGCCAUUUGCAACAGCUGCAACGCAGUGAUCCAAGGCAGAAUCGUGACUGCACUGAACAAGAAAUGGCAUCCGGAGCACUUCGCGUGCAACACGUGCCGCAAGCCUAUCGACGGCUCAAAGUUCCACCAGCACGACGGCGGUGUUGUCUGCGUGCCAUGCUACGCCCAGCACUACAGCCCGAGGUGCCACGGCUGCGGCGACCCUAUCACAGACCGUGUAAUUCAAGCUCUGGGAGUAUCGUGGCAUUCAAAUCACUUCGUAUGCGGUGGCUGUAGGAAGGAACUUGGUGGUGGUGGCUUCAUGGAACAGGCUGGCAGGCCUUAUUGCUCGGGGUGCUACGCUGAGAAGUUCGCGGCCCGAUGUGCCAGUUGCAGCAAACCUAUCGUGGACAAGGCCAUCAUUGCCCUUAACGCCAAAUGGCAUGGUGCAUGCUUUACUUGCAAGAAAUGCAGGAAUCCAGUGACGGACUCUACUUUCUCGGUAUUGGAUAACAUGCCGCUGUGCGGAAAAUGCGCUUAAACACGCAGACAAACACAUUCACACCCAUCAACAUACGAUGUCUAUUUAAUAUAUAUUUAGUUCACAUACUAAACGCGGCACUCUCUAUUGCCUUUAAUUUAUAUGAAGCUUAAGCGAUACCACUAUACUUAUAUCCUUUACAGUAGGUUUCCGAGACCAAAAUCCUUGUAUAUAACAUACUAGCUGUCGCCAGCGACUCCAUCUAAACAUUCGCAUUUAUAAUAUUAGUAAGUUAAAUAAAAAGCAGCUCUUCAAGGCAUAAAUUCGAAAAAAAAUGAAUAAAUAGUAUCCUAUGUCCGUCUCCUGGCUCUAAGCUACCUCCUCACCAAUUUUCAGGCAUAUCGGUAAAGCCGUUCUUGAGUUAUAAAUAGUGUAACUAACACCACUUUCUUUUAUAUAUAUAUAGAUUAUACCUUUUUUGUCAAAGAUAAUGACAGAAAUGAUAUGUUUUAUACAGAGAUUUUGAUCUCAGGAGCCAACUGUAAAAGUUUGGUUAUAUUUUGUCACAAAAUUAGAAUUCGUACGCAUAAAAAUUCAAAUAAGUGUUUCAACUCACGAAGCGUCAAUAGACUAAUAGUUAAGGGUAUGGAUUUCCGAUCACAAGAUCGGGGUUUCGAACCCCGCCAUUCGACUAUUGUCGUAAACCAUUACUAGCACAAGCCUAGAGCUUAAUUAGAAUGGUAAAAGAAAUAUUAGUAAAUUUCCAAAUAAAAUCUGAUAAUAUUUUUAUAAAAAAAAAAGAAAAAAAGAACUUAUAAAGGAUUUUAGUGCUUAAGCACAAUUUAAUGUUAUUAAGUUUUACCAUCACAUUAGAAUUACGACUCUAUGGAAUAAGCCAUAAGGUAUAUUUUAUU